AUGGACCCUCUCGAGUAUAACCCGCUUGGCGAAGGGCUUCGCGAACGGUUGGACGCAUUCUUUGGUAGACGGGAUCACUUUAUCGAGGUGAACCCGGGUCACGUUGUGAUGCCGAAAGCAUUUGCCGAUCUUGGUGAUUCGAUCCGUGCGCUACCGAUCCGCCCGAACGAUGUGUGGUUGAUGUCUUUCCCGAGAGCUGGAUCUACCUGGGCGCAGGAGAUGGUGUGGCUUCUUGGCAACAAUCUCGACUACGAUGCCGCCCGCAAUCAACUGCAGCAAGUGCGUACGCCGCUGCUCGAGCUUUCGGCCAUCUUUUCGGACGAUCGUAGCGUGGAGGACACUGUGACCCGACAUGAAAAAAUCGAUUCGGUGCAAUGUGUGCAACAGAUGGUCGGUAGGCGCUUCAUCAAAUCACACCUUCCAUGGCAGCUGCAUCCCCGCGAGAUGGAUAACGUGCGGCCAAAGAUCAUCUACGUGGUUCGAAAUCCCAAGGAUCUGUGUGUGUCCUAUUACUACUACUGCCAGCUAAUCCAUCGGUCCGAAGGUACGUUCGAAGAGUUUUGCGAUCUCUUCCUAGCUGAUCAGGCACCCAUCGGGCCAAUGUGGGCCCAUGCAUUGGCUUUCUGGAAGCGCCGCAAUCAGGACAAUAUGCUUUUCCUGAAGUACGAAGACAUGAAGCGCAAUCUCCCGGAAGUGAUACGUCAGUGUGCCGAGUUUCUCGAAUUUGGACGUGAACUAACGGAGGAGGAAGUGCAACGGAUGUGUGAUCACCUGCAAUUCGAACGGAUGCAACGUAAUCCGGCCGUUAAUCUGGAACCGCUUAUGAAAGAAUCGCAGAUCAUUCAAAACAAUGCUGGUGGGAAGUUUAUUCGCAAAGGCGAGAUUGGCGAUUGGAAAAAUCAUAUGGAUGCGGCACUCUCGGCAAGAUUCGACGCCUGGAUAGAGGAGCAUUUUGAGGGCACUGGGCUAGAAUUUGAUUACGAAUAAAAU